AUGGGGAGUGAUCUGGUUGACAGGAAGAAGGAGGUCACCCAACACGAGACAACGGCUGCGGACAAGGCAGGGAGGGAGACAGAGGUGCAACAACGUCCCUGCAACAACGUCCCUGCAACAACGUCCCUGCAGCAACGUCCCUGCAGCAACGUCCCUGCAACAACGUCCCUGCAACAACGUCCCUGCAACAACGUCCCUGCAACAACGUCCCUGCAACAACGUCCCUGCAGCAACGUCCCUGCAACAACGUCCCUGCAGUCCCUGCAACAACGUCCCUGCAACAACGUCCCUGCAACAACGUCCCUGCAACAACGUCCCUGCAGCAACGUCCCUGCAGCAAUGUCCCUGCAACAACGUCCCUGCAACAACGUCCCUGCAACAACGUCCCUGCAGCAACGUCCCUGCAGCAACGUCCCUGCAGCAAUGUCCCUGCAGUCCCUGCAACAACGUCCCUGCAGCAACGUCCCUGCAACAAUGUCCCUGCAGUCCCUGCAACAACGUCCCUGCAACAACGUCCCUGCAGCAACGUCCCUGCAACAACGUCCCUGCAACAACGUCCCUGCAACAACGUCCCUGCAACAAUGUCCCUGCAACAACGUCCCUGCAACAACGUCCCUGCAGUCCCUGCAACAACGUCCCUGCAACAACGUCCCUGCAGUCCCUGCAACCCUGCAACAAUGUCCCUGCAAACGUCCCUGCAACAACGUCCCUGCAAACAAUGUCCGUCCCUGCAACAAUGUCCCUGCAACAACGUCCCUGCAACAACGUCCCUGCAACAAUGUCCCUGCAACAACGUCCCUGCAACAACGUCCCUGCAACAACGUCCCUGCAGCAACGUCCCUGCAACAACGUCCCUGCAGCAACGUCCCUGCAACAACGUCCCUGCAGCAACGUCCCUGCAACAAUCCCUGUCCCUGCAACAACGUCCCUGCAACGUCCCUGCAGCCCUGCAACGUCCCUGCAACAACGUCCCUGCAGCAACGUCCCUGCAACAACGUCCCUGCAGCAACGUCCCUGCAACACGUCCUGCAACGUCCCAACAACGUGCAACAACGUCCUGCAACGCGUCCCUGCAAACGUCCCUGCAGUUCCCUGCAACAAUGUCCCUGCAACAACGUCCCUGCAACAAUGUCCCUGCAACAACGUCCCUGCAACAACGUCCCUGCAACAACGUCCCUGCAACAACGUCCCUGCAACAACGUCCCUGCAACAACGUCCCUGCAGUCCCUGCAACAACGUCCCUGCAACAACGUCCCUGCAACAACGUCCCUGCAGUCCCUGCAACAAUGUCCCUGCAACAACGUCCCUGCAACAACGUCCCUGCAGCAACGUCCCUGCAACAACGUCCCUGCAGUCCCUGCAACAAUGUCCCUGCAACAAUGUCCCUGCAACAACGUCCCUGCAGCAACGUCCCUGCAACAACGUCCCUGCAGUCCCUGCAACAAUGUCCCUGCUGUCCCUGCAACAAUGUCCCUGCAACAACGUCCCUGCAACAACGUCCCUGCAGUCCCUGCAGUCCCUGCAACAACGUCCCUGCAGUCCCUGCGGUCCCUGCAACAACGUCCCUGCAGUCCCUGCAACAAUGUCCCUGCAGUCCCUGCAACAAUGUCCCUGCAACAACGUCCCUGCAACAACGUCCCUGCAGUCCCUGCAACAAUGUCCCUGCAGUCCCUGCAACAACGUCCCUGCAAUCCCUGCAACAAUGUCCCUGCAGUCCCUGCAACAACGUCCCUGCAGUCCCUGCAACAAUGUCCCUGCAGUCCCUGCAACAACGUCCCUGCAACAACAUCCCUGCAACAACGUCCCUGCAGUCCCUGCAACAACGUCCCUGCAGUCCCUGCAACAACGUCCCUGCAGUCCCUGCAACAAUGUCCCUGCAGUCCCUGCAACAACGUCCCUGCAACAACGUCCCUGCAACAACGUCCCUGCAGUCCCUGCACCCUGCAACAACGUCCCUGCAGUCCCUGCAACAAUGUCCCUGCAACAACGUCCCUGCAACAACGUCCCUGCAACAACGUCCCUGCAGUCCCUGCAGUCCCUGCAACAACGUCCCUGCAGUCCCUGCAACAAUGUCCCUGCAGUCCCUGCAACAAUGUCCCUGCAACAACGUCCCUGCAACAACGUCCCUGCAGUCCCUGCAACAAUGUCCCUGCAUUCCCUGCAACAACGUCCCUGCAGUCCCUGCAACAACGUCCCUGCAGUCCCUGCAACAACGUCCCUGCAGUCCCUGCAACAAUGUCCCUGCAGUCCCUGCAACAACGUCCCUGCAACAACGUCCCUGCAACAACAUCCCUGCAACAACGUCCCUGCAGUCCCUGCAACAAUGUCCCUGCAGUCCCUGCAGCAACGUCCCUGCAAUCCCUGCAACAAUGUCCCUGCAGUCCCUGCAACAACGUCCCUGCAGUCCCUGUAACAAUGUCCCUGCAGUCCCUGCAACAACGUCCCUGCAACAACAUCCCUGCAACAACGUCCCUGCAGUCCCUGCAACAACGUCCCUGCAGUCCCUGCAACAAUGUCCCUGCAGUCCCUGCAACAACGUCCCUGCAACAACGUCCCUGCAACAACGUCCCUGCAACAACGUCCCUGCAGUCCCUGCAACAAUGUCCCUGCAGUCCCUGCAACAAUGUCCCUGCAACAACGUCCCUGCAGUCCCUGCAACAAUGUCCCUGCAGUCCCUGCAACAACGUCCCUGCAAUCCCUGCAACAAUGUCCCUGCAGUCCCUGCAACAACGUCCCUGCAGUCCCUGCAACAAUGUCCCUGCAGUCCCUGCAACAAUGUCCCUGCAACAACGUCCCUGCAGUCCCUGCAACAACGUCCCUGCAGUCCCUGCAACAACGUCCCUGCAGUCCCUGCAACAACGUCCCUGCAGUCCCUGCAACAAUGUCCCUGAAUGUUCCAUAGUACCCCACACUUCCCGCUAA